UUAUUCCCUUUUCAAACUACCUCCUGACAACCUUGUUUGAUAACAUUUUUUCUGCAGCUACAAGGGACGUUUAAUCAGUCAGGUUAUACAAUAUUUAAAAAAAUUACUGUCUGUGGCCCGGGGACUAUUGAUUUCAUUGUGUCACCUGAGGAAUUCUGACUGACAAAGAAAGACCGCGGCUCACGAACCUAUUUAAUUAUGGAGGUGCUUACGCUAGCCUGAACUGACAGGACUGGUUGAGAAGGACUGUAGCUAUGCAACUUGGCAAAGCAGGCUUCUCCAAAUAAAGCAAUGGGAGGUUUGGAUACUGACACCCUCUCCUUCACUAUAAAUACUUUCUCAACAAAGAGGACAAGCUUUGGAUGCCGGAGCUCUGAACCAGUGACUAUUGAGGCACGCAAAGGGGUCAAUUUGUAUUCACAAAUUGAUAACCAUGCCGCGAGUGGAUGCAGACCUCAAACUGGACUUUAAAGAUGUGCUACUUAAACCUAAACGAAGUAGUCUUAAAAGCAGAUCUGAGGUGGCUCUGCAGAGGACCUUCACAUUCCGCAACUCCAAGCAGACUUACACUGGAAUCCCUAUUAUUGCAGCAAACAUGGACACAACUGGGACCUUUGAAAUGGCACAGGUUUUAACUAAACAUACACUGUUCAUUGCUGUGCAGAAACACUACUCAGUGGAAGAGUGGAAAAAGUUUGCAGUCAACUUCCCAGAGUGUUUAGAGCACAUGGCUGCAAGCUCAGGCAGUGGGAAGGCCGACUUGGAAAAGCUGUGCAGUAUCCUGGAGGCGGUCCCACAAAUAAAGUACAUCUGUCUCGAUGUUGCUAACGGUUACUCUGAGCACUUUGUGGAAUUUGUGAAAACUGUCCGAGGCAAAUUCCCCACUCACACCAUCAUGGCUGGUAAUGUGGUGACAGGAGAGAUGGUCGAGGAGCUUAUUCUUUCUGGAGCUGACAUUAUUAAAGUGGGCAUUGGACCAGGCUCGGUCUGCACCACUCGCAUAAAGACAGGGGUGGGAUACCCCCAGCUGAGUGCUGUGAUGGAGUGCUCUGACUCUGCACAUGGGCUGAAGGGACACAUCAUCUCUGAUGGGGGUUGCAGCUGCCCAGGUGACGUCGCCAAAGCCUUUGGUGCAGGAGCUGACUUUGUCAUGUUGGGAGGGAUGUUUGCCGGUCAUGGUCAGUGUGCAGGGGAGGUCAUUGAGAAGAAUGGCAAAAAGAUGAAGCUCUUCUAUGGAAUGAGCUCCAAUACCGCCAUGAAGAAAUAUGUGGGAGGUGUCGCUGAAUACAGGGCAUCGGAAGGCCGGACGGUAGAAGUUCCUUACAGGGGAGAUGUGGAGAACACUAUUCGGGACAUCCUCGGGGGACUGCGCUCCACCUGCACCUAUGUGGGAGCUGCCAAGCUGAAGGAGCUGAGUCAAAGGACUACCUUCAUCCGGGUCACACAACAAUCCAGUCACAUGUUUUCCUAACCUGGGUGUCAGACACAGAUUAUUUUUGCUGGGGUUUACCCAACAAUUUUCUUCUGAGUCUCAGGAUGGUUUAGAAUUUCCAUAAACCUGUGUUUUGAUCAGUAGCUGUAGUCGCACAGUUAACAGAAAUUCAGCUUUGCAUCAUUAAAAUCAGGUUAUUUCUUUAUAUAAUCGGAGAGAAUCUCAGACACCUUGCAGGUAGUUUCUUUACCAAAGUUUCGGUGUAAAACACCAUUCAGUUUAACAACCUAAGACUGUAAAAGUAUGUUUAAUAAAUAAUAUUUUUAAACCUUUUAGGUAAGAAGAUUAUUUAAAAUGUCAUGCUCAUGAUACUAGAAAUAAUGAAACCUUAUGAAAGUAAAUGCAAGAUUGUAGGUUUGUAAAGUGCUAUGCCGUUUAAGAUUUUUAUUUGUGUUUACUGUUUAAACUUUUAAACCUGUUCACAUGCAUUCAGAAAACAAAUAUAUUUAUUUUAAAAUGUUUACUUAAAAUAUAUAUUAUUAUUUUUUAAAUUCUGCUUCUUCGUUGUGUGACCUUAAUCCUGUAUUAUGUUUGGCUCAGUGAGGAAGCAACAGACUUUCUUUCUUUCUUUUGUACUGUACAUCCGGUCUCAGGGACAAAGGGAAAUGAGAACUAAGGAUUCUUUCAUUUACUCUGGUGUUAGGAUUUCCAUGGCAAAUGUAAUGGAAAAUAUGAACUUGCUUGUUUUACACCGUUUGAGACCCAGACAGGUUUUAAAGAUAAGAAAGUGGGGAAUGCUAUUAAAACUAAAAUGUCAUGCGAAUGUGAAAUGUGGUUGUUGAGUGCAACUUGAAUGCAAAUGCCGGUAUGUGUAAAUUUAUUAAAAAUAAAAGUUAUCUACUAACUUACAAACAGGUGUUCUCUCUGGCUUUUGUUUUUGUGCCAGCUGGUAAACCCCAGGUCAGUCAGAAACAGAUUACAAAAUCACAUUGAUUUCAUCGCCCUUGUCACUACUCACUGGUGCAGUCUCCUCUGUCAUUCAAUUUACUUUUCAACACAAAUGUUUUUACAUUUUAUGCUGGGCAUUGCAUUUGUACUAAUAUUUAUUUAACAGCCCAAGGCCAUUGUUACAAUGGUAAUUGCUUGAUACUAUCUUAAGAGAAAACAUCUAGUUCCAGGUUUUAAGCUAGAUUGACAUAUCAUUUUCAACAUAUUGUUUCCUGUUAAAGCAAUUUCAGUUUCAACUAAUUUCCAUUAGUAACACACUGUUCACUAUUGUUUGUCUAGACACUUGUUAUCAUUUGCAAUUCACAUCUUGGUUAGGACAUUCUUUUGCACUUUAACUUAAUUUGGGGUAUAAUACAUGUUUUUAAAAAGUCAUAAAUCUGUAACUGGCAUCUUUCCUUUUUAAAGAGCCCAGGGAUAAGAUGGGUUUGCAGUCUGAGCUACAGUUGACUGAAGAGUGGACCUUCAAGGGAUAAAGCCUAUAUUGUAGGAAACAUGGGAAAGAUAGCAUGUAUAUGGCUGUGAGAAACAGUCCUUAAUCACAUCAUCAUCAAAUGGCAAUGCAGUAGUAGUUCAUUAAUUGACUAUGACAGCGCAAGGGCUGCUACAACAGUACACAGUGGUGGAAUGGUACUACAGUGGUAACAUUGUCAUAUUUUAACAUGGCGUUAAUCCAUUUUCACACCAGGUUUUAAUAUGGUAGCAACAGCACACACUCGGGCUAGACUCACAUCUGUCUGCCUUCACUGGAAUUCAAGGUAGUUUUGAAACGAAAAAGCAAAUCAACAAAAUAAACCUGUAGUAGUGUAUGUGAAGGCAAGCACAGCACAGUGGAACUAGUGUGAACCAGUAUCUACACUGCAUACCCUUGUUAUUCACAGUAUAAACGUCUGGGAAUGACAUUCGCUUUAUGGUGUUAACAGUCGUGCAGAUCAGAUGGAGUAUAAUGCACUACUACAAGUUAUUUACUGUCUUAGUUCCCUAUUUUGAAGGCAAGGAGCGAUUUAUAAUUAAUAGAUGAAUAUCGAUUUACAGCUUCAGAAUAAAAGGGUAUUGUAUGUGAAAACAGUAUUAGUGUAAUGCCUUAUCAGAGCCACUGUGCAAUAGCUGUUUUUAAUCCACUGUGUGGCAAUUGAUGGCCAUGAUGUGGUUUGCUAAUGGUUCUUCUAAGGUUCUUCAGGGUAAUACUCUGGAGUUAUCAUGGGAUCCCAAUGGACAGUAGAUCUCAGAGAGAGUGGCUGUUCCCAUAUCUUGGUGGAACCAUUGUUGCCCCUACAUCAUACAGACCCCGUUGUUAGCAAAAUAUAUCCAAGAAACCUUUAAACAUAAGAACAUAAGAAAUUUACAUUUGGCCCAUCUUGCUCAUUUGGUUGUUAGUAGCUUAUUUAUCCCAGAAUCUCAGCAAGCAGCUUCUUGGAGGAUCCCAGUGUGUCAGCUUCAACAACAUUACAUAUGUAAAAUUUCAACUAGACAAAUGCUUUGGCUACAGUGACUUCAGCAACACUGAGAAAUACAUUAGCUAGUAUCCUAAUCUACCUGUGCUGGUGUCUAAAUUUCCCAUGAUACCUUACCUCAGAGUCAAAACUGUUGAAUACACUCCACUUCUUACAGGAGCAUAGCAAAGCUGAGAUACACCAAAUAUCUGACAUUUACCUGAACAGAACAAGUUGGGCUCUCUCAACUUCUCUUCUUCAUUAGGUCUUACUACUCUUGUUUUCUUGCUUCAGUACACUAUAUUUUUAUUUGCUAUAACUGCUACACCCCCGAAACUUGCCCUAUAAUUAGCUUAAUCAUUCAAUUGACACAAAUUGGUUUGAGCGAUGUUAGAAUGUAAGUCAUCUAAGCCAUGUGUAAAUUGUAUUACAUUAUUUGUUAAAACUUUCAUUUUAAGAAUCAAAUUUAGUGUAUGGAAUUACUGACAAAAUCGCUGAAUUUUUUGUGUUAUUUGUAUGAACAUUUUUAGUAACAUGGUACAGUAUAUACCACUGUGAAACUGUGAACCAACAUGUAUGUUUUAUUUGAUGUUCAUUUCCUUCACCAGAAGAACACCGAUGUACACACUCCCACAGAGCCAAUCAUUGGCUAACCAUAAUGGAAGGCAUGACAUUUUCCAGUGGUUCAGACAUAUCCCUAAAUAAGAGUUUGUUAUCUGUGUGCAGAAACAGAGUAGUAGGUGAAAACUAAAUCCUUUGUUUUCAGUUGAAGUCACCAGGAAUGGAAAUUUCCACAACAAUGGAAAAGUCCAAAAACAUACAAACAAGACAAAAAAAAGCAUGGUUUUAUACCACAUUUGUAAUAGUUUACAUUUGUUUGUUUAAAGCAGAUACAACUCCAAAGGCACAGCUUGCAAUUGGCACUGUUAUUUUAUUAGUACGAGUAUACUGAAACAAUAGACUUGUACUGGUAUACAGACAAUUUUUUUUUUUUUUUUUUUUUUUUUU